GCCAGGCAGCCCCCUAUUAUUAUUGUAAGAAUAAUUUCACUUAUGAAAAUGGCGGCGAGUCAGGGAGCUGUUGGAUCAGCGGCGGCUCUCCAGAGCCAGCCUUACCCGAACGUUGCCCACUGGAACCCGGGCGUGAUGCAGCAGCAGCACCCGCUUCACACCGCCCGCAGCCUGGAGCGCGCGCUGGAGGAUGCCGUCUGCUCCGGGAUGCUCAACAUCAGCGGGAGGAAACUGCGCGACUACCCGGGGCUCAACUACGAUCUGACCGACACUACACUAGCAGACUUGUCGAAAAACCGUUUUUGUGAAAUUCCCCCAGAAGUUUGUAUGUUUGCACCACUGGAGUCAUUAAACCUCUACCACAACUGCAUAAAGACCAUUCCAGAGGCCAUUGUCAACCUACAGAUGCUCACUUACUUGAACAUCAGUCGAAAUCAGCUUUCUGUUCUCCCCAAGUUUCUCUUCAAUCUUCCUCUGAAAGUGCUGGUGGUCAGCAACAAUAAACUCCCUUCUGUUCCUGAGGAGAUCGGAAAGGCCAAAGACCUCAUGGAACUGGACAUCAGCUGUAAUGAGAUCCAGGUGCUUCCUGCUCAGAUGGGGAAACUCCUCGCGUUACGAGAGCUUAACAUACGGAGAAACUGUCUACAAGUGUUACCAGAUGAACUGUCCGAUCUGCCAUUGAUCAGGCUGGAUUUCUCCUGUAAUAAGAUCACAGAGAUUCCCAUUUCUUACCGCAAACUCAAGCAGUUACAGCACAUCGCACUCGACAACAACCCCAUGCAGUCUCCUCCUGCUCAGAUCUGCCUGAAGGGAAAGAUCCACAUCUUCAAGUAUCUGAACCUGCAGGCAUGUCGUCUGGAUAAAAAGCCUGACACACUUGACCUGCCUUCUCUGGGAAAACGCUGUUUACCUCAGCAGCUGACUGACAGUAUGGAAGAUUUCUAUCCUAGUAAAAACCACGGCCCUGACUCAGGUAUUGGCAGUGACAAUGGUGACAAAAGACUGUCGACUACAGAGCCAUCUGAUGAUGACACCAUGAGUCUCCACUCUCAAGUGUCAGAAACGGCGCGGGCUGACGCACACAUUCUGCUCACAAAGCUUGACUCAAACAAAGAUCAGGACCCGUAUGACUUUAUUGACCCCAAUCCAGAUGAAGAGGGCACUUUGUCUGAGGGCGAUCUACAGCACAAUGCACCUUAUGUGUCAUGUAUAAAGGAGCUGGAGCGGGUCCUGAAAACACACCAAAGCAAAGACAAAGAGAACUGGAAAGAGGAGUCAGGCUCGGAGAAAGAGCAGUUAGCUGAAGAAGAGGAGGAUGACCUGAAGGAAGUGUUGGAUCUGAGGAAGAUCGCAGUACAGCUGCUACAACAAGAACAACAGAACAGGUUUCUCAGCCACUCAGGGAGCAGCACCAAACAGAGAUCUCCAUCUCAGACUGUUAGAAGUGCAUCUCUAGAUGAAGGAACCAGCUCCGCAUCAGCAUUCAGUGGACAGGAGACUGAUCUCACUGAUGAAGAUGCAGCUUUCUCUGAGCCUUCUUCCUCUUGCUCAUUUGACGGAAGUUUAAAAUCAGAGAGCAGUGACUCAGAACCAAGAUGGCCAGAGGUUCCUCCUGUGCUCAACCAGAAUGAGGAUCGUAGAAGAAACAAGUACCUGAGAAAAGACUACCUGAAGUACAAGUGCCAAAGUGCCCGAAGAAACUCCAGUGGCAACGACAUUGAUUGUGAGGAGGGAAUGCGGUCUAAUGAUUUCUCCACAACUCUCACUGUCUUCGGUCUGAAACCCAGAUCAGCCUUCUCCCGUGGAAACCGUCAAGACUUCAGCUCCACAGACCCAAGCUUCACCAUGAGGAGGAAGAUGGAGCACCUUAGGGAGGAGAUGGAGCAGAUCAAACUUUUGCGGCAGAACCUCGAGUCAAGGUUAAAGGUUUUAUUGCCAGAUGACGUGGGCGCUGCGCUGAUGGAUGGUGUCGUUUUAUGCCAUCUAGCCAAUCACAUUCGUCCCCGUUCGGUCGCCAGUAUUCAUGUACCCUCCCCUGCCGUGCCAAAGCUAAGUAUGGCCAAAUGUCGGCGCAAUGUGGAGAAUUUCUUGGAUGCUUGUAAAAAGCUUGGAGUGCCACAGGACCAGUUGUGUUUGCCACAUCACAUUCUGGAGGAGCGAGGUCUGGUAAAAGUCGGCGUCACCGUUCAGGCUCUGCUAGAUCUUCCGUCAUCGAAACCCAAUCAACUUUCCACCAUGUAGCACCGCUAGAUCAUCUCAUCUUUCUGUAUCCUGCCUUACCACCUCAUCCCGUCCCUUCUCUGUCAAUGCUGAUCUUUGACCUACCAUGGGGAGACCACGACCCUUCAGGCCGGCAAUUUCCCCCUACCUCUAAUAAGCCUCUCUGGAGGGCUCGAGACCUUUUAAUGCUCUGUUGGAGAGGAAUUGCAAGUUAAUGCCACACGUUUUAUUCCGAGGGGAAAUAUCUGUUUAUAUUUCACAGCUGGACACUUUUUUGUUUGGUGUCUUCUCCUCAUCUGUCUGGUGUUCACUCUUCUCUUGGACCGGUGAGCCCACAGUGGGUGAGGACAGGAGAAACGCAUGCAGCUUUAUGACUGAUUCUGGAACAGAGGGAUGGUGUUAUAUCAGUGCCACCACAACCCUCUUCUGUAUGAAGUCAACAAGAGCUGUCUGUCAUUCAGUUUCGUCGUGUCUGUCUCAAAAAAAUGAGUGGGGAAGGAACAUCUGUUGCACGUUCAACCAGGCGAGCACAGAGUUGGCAUAUAAAGGUAUCACGGCGAUCAGGUGAGUCACGGGCAGAGCUUUAGACAAGAUUUAUGUUUGAUAUCACGUGCCUGCACAAGACAAAGACGUUUUUAUGCUCUUACGUGCAUUCAGAUGUUUUUGUAACUGGUUUGCCACACGUUCUGUUUAGCUUUUCGAGUUCUCAUGAACAGUCUGGAAUUCACAACAGAGUUCCUGAACGUUUCACACGUGCCAGUCUGUAAUUGCAUAUCAUAAAAUUGGGACUCUUCAGGUUGCAGGCCUGAGCAGGAAUGAAUAGUGAAUAGUCUCAGCUCAAACUAGGUCAGUUAUUUAUAUACAGUGCUGCAUGAAAGUCUGUGAACCCACUGUGGAAUUGGUGAAAAUGUGGAUAAUGGUAACACGAAAAGAGAAAUCGUACAAAAUUAAUGUUAUUGCAGGACACUUGUGAGACUCAAACACAACUAUUACAAUAGAGUUUUAGAUUUUAGCUCCAACUUGCCUUAACACACCUGCAAGCUUGAUUAGCUAGCCCAGGUGUGUCGAAUUGGGGUUGGAACUAAACUUUGCAGGACAACAACCCUCCAGGACUAAGUAUGGACACCGCUGGAAUAAAGGAUAAAAAGGAAACGCGAUGGGUUAAGAAAACUUAAUGUUAAGACAACUUUUGGAAUUUGAAGAUACUUCUGCCAUUUCCACACUUGUUUUUGUUUAAUGAACAUAUAUUUAUUUAAAUUUUGGCCUUUUGACCACACUAAUGCCGAGUUCAGACUGCAUGAUUUUAGCUCCGAUUUUGACUCGCAGGCAAAUCGGUGCUCGUGCACGAGAGUGUCAAUCACACAGUAUGAACUAUCAAAGACGCGAUCUGAGUGAAUCGCAGAUGAGUUGCCGAUGCCUGUGAGGUAUUUGGCAUGCUAAAUAUCUGAAGCUGUCGGCGAUUCAAAUCAUGCCAUGUGAAAUGAGGAGUUUUGACUGAAAAUAACAUCGGCGAU